AUUAUAUAUAUGUAUGUAUAUACAUACACACACCUAUAAUCAGUGACUGUGCAAUAAUACGGCAUUUCCAAGGAUUUGAAAUUUGCUGGAUUUGCUACAAGGAACUUCCAUAUGCCUCAGGUGCAGCCCUAAAAAGAAAAGAAAAAACCAAAAUUUAAAGGCCAAUAGACAUUUAUGAUUAAAAAACGUCAUGGAACCCAUCAACCUGGAUCAGUCACUUUCAUAGUUCAGAUACAGUAGUCAUACUUUGUUAACAGCAUCGUGAUAUUAGUAUGUGUGAAAAUUUCUAACCAGUUAGUUUUUACUACAAGCGGUCCUCCCCAGUUUCUCCUAACAAUAGAAAAACACUUCACAAUGAGACCAUUUCUUCUGGAUGCGAUCAUGUUUUCUUAGUUUGUAAUCAAAGUUCUAACAAUUAGGUCACUGGAUGGACUUGGAGGAGGGUUCCUGUAAAGGAGCAGAACCCUCUGGAGCCUUCCUAGGACAGACCCCUCCUCAACAUCCUCUGCUUUAGCUCCUCUGGGAAGUACCUACAUAAUUAGUACUUCAUGAGUAUUUCCUGAGUUUUUUAGAGGCCAAAUCCACCACCAAGUGAAAGGAAUUAAGUACUUGAUGAUCGUGAGAACUACAGCCUUCAGACCUUUUGGCGCCUAAGGAUUGACGCCAUCAACCAGUCAGAGACCUGUGCCCAAUCUGAUCACAACCAUGGGAUACUCUUCCCGCACCUGACCGGUAAAAAUGAUUUGAGGAAGCCCUGCAGGGAGUUUAGGGUUUUUGAACAUCAGCCAGCUGUUCUUCAUGCUUGGUACUGUUAAAAACCUUUCUUCAACUCUGAUGUUUCAGCGUCGCUUUGCUUUCACAGUUGUGUUGCUCUCACACUGAGUGUUUCUGGAUUCUAACCUGUGCUUACCUUAGGCAAAGGCAGAUUUCAGCCCCUUUACUGAGCUCCCAAGCCCCUUCUUAGAAGGACAAUGGAACAAAAACCAGGCCACGGAGUGGCUGCUAUUCACGUGGGAGGUCUUGGUGCUUUUUGCCCUUUGUCCCCCUGCUGACCCUUGCAGACUCCCCGCCCGGCCCUGCGCUGCUCUGUGAGGACCUGAGGCUGAGCUUUAAGUGGGGGGAACUGAAACGCCGCGGAACCAGACGCGAGGGAGCAGCGCGGCCGGGGAAAGAUGGGGCAACAGGACCGGCAGGCCUAGCUCCGCGACGAAGGCGGUGGCGGCGGCGUGGGAAUGGAGCCCCUGCGGGUCCUGGAGCUGUACAGCGGCAUUGGGGGCAUGCACCAGGCGCUGAGAGAAAGCUGUAUACCUGCGCAAGUGGUGGCUGCCAUUGAUGUAAACACCGUCGCUAACGAAGUAUACAAGUAUAAUUUUCCUCACACACAGUUACUGGCCAAGACAAUUGAAGGUGUUACACUAGAAGAAUUUGACAGAUUAUCUUUCAAUAUGGUUUUAAUGAGCCCUCCCUGUCAGCCAUUUACAAGAAUUGGCCUGCAAGGUGAUGUGACGGAUCCGAGGACAAAUAGCUUCUUAUAUAUUCUAGACAUUCUCCCAAGAUUGCAAAAAUUACCAAAGUAUAUUCUUCUAGAAAAUGUUAAAGGUUUUGAAGUAUCUUCAACAAGAGACCUAUUAAUACAAACAAUAGAAAAUUGUGGCUUUCAGUACCAAGAAUUUCUUUUGUCUCCAACCUCUCUUGGCAUUCCAAAUUCAAGGCUUCGGUAUUUCCUCAUUGCAAAGCUUCAGUCAGAGCCAUUCCCUUUUCAAGCCCCUGGUCAGGUGCUAAUGGAGUUCCCCCAAAUGGAAUCUGAACAUCCACAAAAACACGCAAUAGAUGCACAAAGUAAAAUCGAAGAAAAGAAAAUUGAACGAAAUAUUUGCUUGGAUAGCAGUGCACAAUGUUCUGGAAAAGAGGCCAUUCUUUUCAAGCUUGAAACUGCAGGAGAAAUUGACAGGAAACAUCAACAGGACAGUGAUCUCUCUGUGCAAAUGCUAAAAGGUUUUCUUGAAGAUGACAUUGACAUGAACUCGUACUUUUUACCACCGAAGUCAUUGCUCCGAUAUGCUCUUUUGUUAGACAUAGUUAAGCCCACUUCCAGAAGAUCCAUGUGCUUUACGAAAGGUUAUGGACGCUACAUAGAAGGGACAGGAUCUGUGUUACAGACCUCAGAAGAUGUGCAGAUUGAGAAUAUCUACAAAUCCCUUACCAGUUUGUCACCAGAAGAAAAGAUAAUGAAAUUGUUAAUGCUUAAACUUCGAUUUUUCACUCCUAAAGAAAUAGCAAAUCUCCUUGGAUUUCCUCCAGAGUUCGGAUUUCCUGAGAAGAUAACAGUCAAACAGCGUUAUCGUCUACUUGGAAAUAGUCUCAACGUGCAUGUUGUAGCUAAACUAAUCAAAAUCCUGUAUGAGUAAUUUUUGAGUAGCUCUGCGAGGUGGUUCCAGUAUUCCAUCAUAUCCAAAUAGUAAUUUUGAAAAAUUUUUUAGUUAAUUUUGACAAAAUUCAACUAAAUUAUCUUAACCUCUCUUUAAUAAGAAAUUCCAUCUUGAGUUUCUCCACCAAAAAAAAAAAAAAAAAAGAAAGAAAGAAAUUUGGGUCUAUUAGGAAAAUUCCAUUUCAUUUACUUAUAUUUAUCUUAACUGUGUUUUGUAAGAUGAAAAUUAUUGUCAUGCUUUAGAAGAAUAUAUUUUCAUAU